AUGGACAAAGACGGCGACUUUGUCGUGGACUACUCCGAGUUCUCUCGCUGGGCCUUAGGCUGUGAAGUUCCCGGAACGCACAAGACGCGCUUGGAGCUGUACUGGCCAAAGAAGGUCGAUAAAGGCUCCAAAGAAGAGGUUGCCGAGAAGGUUGACGAUGAUGACACAAUUCCAGCCGCAGACGAAGAGCUGACAGAGCGGGAUGUCGAAAGGAUCAUGAAGAAGCGGUUGCCUGAUGAGUGGCCAGCACACGGGAUAAAGAUCGUGAACAAUGCACGUGCGCGGUUUCCAAACUACCCUGUUGAAGGCAUUGUAUGGUCUAUGAAGCGAAACGAAUACAUUGGUGGCAAGGUUCUGGCAGACAUUCGGGCAACCGGAGCCAAAGAGGUCCACGUUUGCAGGACCUCACCGCUUGUGGCCAAUACGCAGGAGGCGUUUCCAGCCAUCUACCGCAACAUUUCUCCCGAGGGCGACCUCAUGGUUUAUGCUUCCGACGAACUGGAGUCUGGCUCUCUCUUCGCAGGGAUGCGCGAUCGCAAGUUGGCACCCAUAGGGUUGAUUCACCAAGGAGAGAUGUUCACGGUUUAUGGAUCAGGCGCGGUGCGGAAUAUGGGUUCUGUUUCGGCCGCAUCAAGUUCAAGGGCCAGGAGAAGCCUGAGACAUGGGUAG